AAGGUGUUAAACAUAGUUGGAUUGCACUAGCCAUUUGUGGCUACAUGCUACAGCUUAUAGAGUUGCUAUGUCAUAAUUUUCUUUUCAAUUUUUUCAUAGCAAUUCGGCGCCCACUAUAAUAUUCAUAUAUGCUCUGCUUCGCUUCUUCACGUGCAUGAGUUUCGUCUUCACCUUCCAACUCCUACCCACUGUUAUACAAUCAUGUUUGCAGUUACACCAUAUUCUCCGGCGUCCACGCCGGUUGACGUCGUUCCUCAGCCGUUUCCGCAACCAGCAGCACCCGCAUUCCAGUCCUCGCCGUCACCAUCGAUGUUUCUGACGCCUCCAGCCCCGUCCUCCCCGUCGCCGGAAACUUUAUUCUUCCAAGGUUUGCCUCUACCGCCAUCUUCAGUUACACCUGUUCCUCUGACGGUGCCGGCGUUGCCGUCUCCGUCGCCGGAAUCUCUCACUCCGCCGCUUGUAGUUGCGCCAUCGCCUCCGUCUCCCACCGCCAGUUUUCCACCUGCAUUGCCAGAUAUGCCUCUGACACCGGAGGCGGCGGCGGUGACGACGUCGACUGUUCCUCCACCGCCUUUACCUCCUUCAUUCACGACGGAACCAACCCUGGCAACGCCGUGGAGCCCCGCCUUGCCGUUAUCUGCGCCGGAAGUGAAUUUGCCGGUGGCUGUGGAUUUUCAGAAGGCCUCAACAUACCACGUGUCAAGUGGGCUUAUUGUUGGGCUUGUAAUUGGGGCAAUCGUUUUGGUGUUUGUUUUUAGUAUUGGAUUACUUCUAUGCAGGAAUAGGAAGAAAACCAAACAGAAGAAUCUGUGCACGGGUCGCUCUAAGGAAUCACCACCCUCCAUUGAAUCCAAGGGAUCUCAUGUUAUUCAAGUGCCACCAAAUCCAACGCUGCCACCGAAUCUCAAAUCAGGUUCUUUUAAGUCAGUGUCUGUGAAAACAAUUCCAAAUCAUGCUCCAAGGGCAGCCUUCAGUCCCGGGAAUGGUAGUUUCACGUAUGAUGAAAUAUUAGUGGCCACUAAUUGUUUCUCUGAGUCCAACCUUCUUGGAGAAGGUGGCUUUGGCUAUGUGUACAAAGGAGUUCUCCCAUGUGGAAAGCAAAUUGCAGUUAAGCAACUAAAAUCAGGUAGCCAACAAGGAGAGAGAGAAUUUCAAGCUGAGGUUGAGACAAUUAGUCGAGUGCAUCAUAAGCAUCUUGUUGAAUUGGCUGGCUACUGCGUUUCUGGGGCAGAGAGAAUGCUUGUUUAUGAAUUUGUUCCAAAUAACACAUUGGAAUUUCACUUGCACGGGGAGGGGAGUAUCUUCUUAGGAUGGACAACGAGAAUUAAAAUUGCCCUCGGAUCUGCAAAAGGGCUGGCAUAUCUACAUGAAGGUAAUCCAGCAAUUAUUCACCGUGAUAUUAAGGCAUCUAAUAUUCUUCUUGAUUUUAAUUUUGAACCCAAGGUUUCUGACUUUGGCCUGGCAAAAGUCUUACCAAACGAUAGCCAUAUUAGUCACCUCACCACCCGAGUGAUGGGAACCUUUGGAUAUGUGGCUCCGGAGUAUGCAUCAAGUGGUAAAUUGACAGAUAAAUCAGAUGUAUAUUCCUACGGAGUCAUGCUUUUGGAACUUAUAACCGGACGUCCACCAAUCACUGCAGCAGGAUCUAGGAUUGAGAGCUUGGUUGACUGGGCUAGGCCAUUGCUUGCUCGAGCACUACAAGAAGAGAAUUUCGACAACCUUGUUGAUCCAAGGUUGCAGAAAAACUGCGAUGCUGAUGAGAUGGUUAGAAUGGUUACAUGUGCAGCUGCUUGUGUGCGCCAUUCAUCCAAACUUCGACCUCGUAUGAGCCAAAUAGUUGGAGCCUUAGAAGGAGUGGUUUCUCUUACUGAUCUUGUUGGAGAUGUUACACCGGAGAAUACCCCAGAACACAAUUGGUCAAAGUAUUUAGAUUAUGGCGACAACCAAUAGCAGUAUGGCUUGAGAAGUUUUAAUUUGGCAUUAUCAGCUCAGAAAUACAACUCCAGUGGGUACACUGAAACCACUAGUGCUUGUGGCCUUUACUCAUCAGGCUCAAGUAGUGAGGCUCACCAAUCAUUCCGAGAGAUAUUGUAAAAUAGGUUAAACAUGGAGAAUUGUACUGUGAACUUAAAAUUCAGAACUAUGGUAAUUAUGUUCUACUCAA